AAGUCUCAAUCCUAAUUCAGUGAGAACCAAAUUAAUUUCAACCGACCGAUCAAUGUGAGAAUAUUCACCGUAAAUUGUCGAAGAGAAUAUUGUUAACGCUCCUCUUAUAAUUAUCCAAAAACUACAUGAAAAACAAUAAAAAAGACUAAAGAGAAUAUCCUAGUGGACAUGAUUGCUUGGUGUUGUCAAAACCAGCUAGAGAGUGAAGCAGAAGCAGAAGCAGAAGCAGAGAGAGCUCCAUUGCAACCAACAAUGGCCACAAUCCCCAUUCGCAUCUCUGUCACACCCACCUUCACCUCCUCCUUCACCACCAAACUCCCUUCAAAACGAAACCACCAUUUCUCGUGUUUCACCUCUCGGAACCCAACACAGUGUCCUGUUCCACGCGAACAGCAACCCGUCAACGAGUACCAGUCCCUCUCCACCUCCUUCCCCUUUUCAUGGGCCGCCGGCGACGUCGUCGAGUACACCUCCCGCCUCGCCGUCACGGGCCUCUCCUUCGCCGUCUUCGUCGGCCUGCCUGUCGCGUUGUUCGGCUCCGUCGGAUCGCAGUCGGAGCUGCUGAAGCGAGUCCUGUGCGCCGCUUGUAGUGGGGUUGGGGCGGUGACCCUCGCCGUUGUUAGGAUGUAUCUCGGUUGGGCUUACGUCGGCAACCGCUUGCUCAGUGCCACCGUUGAGUAUGAGGAGACAGGGUGGUAUGAUGGUCAGGUAUGGGUGAAGACUGCUGAAGUUUUGGCCCGUGAUAGACUCUUGGGAUCAUUUUCUGUCAAGCCUGUACUGAGAAGAUUGAAAGUCACUUUAGUCGGUCUGGCAACGUGCUUGCUUGCAUCUGCUCUUAUCCUCAUUAACAUUGAUGGGUACCAAAAUGAACUUAAUCUAAGAUCAAAUGAAGCUGGAGUUCGAGUUAUACCUGGAGUUUACAAUGAUGAAUCUGCAAGAUCAUUUGAACCAGAUGCCUUUUGUGGUGAACCUAAUCUUCAAUGAUACAUGAAGACUUAUACUAAAUAAUUAUCAAUCAUGGACCCUCCAUGCCAUUGUAUUAAUUUGAGUGAAGGGGUGAUCCAUAUAUUUCAUUACCAAAUUCUGUACUUACUGUACAUAUCUUAAAUUGCCUUUUACACAUGUAUUUAGUAUAGCAUCUCAAAGUGUUGUAUAGUUAAAAAAAUAAAAUGAGUAUAUGUACAUUUCUCAAUUUGUUGUUUCUUUUGGUCAGUGGGACUGCCUCAGGUAGAGGAUUUUGUAAGAAUGUCUUCAAUCUCAGGAUCAGAGAUGAAGCAUCCUAAGUUGAACUUUAGCCCAAACUGACAAUUUAUCAAUACAUACUUUGUACUUCUGAUACGCGGAGGUUUGUUUUUUCGA